AUGGCGCCGGGAGCCCUGGUGCUGGUGCACUCGCUGAAGCGCACGCGCACGCCGCACGACGUGGUGGUGCUGACGAUGAACGUGAGUGACGGCACGGCGGCGCGGCUGCAGCUGCUGGGAGCGAGGGUGAAGCAGAUCGAGGAGGCGAUUCCUUAUCCCUUUCCAGCCACUCCGAACCGAGUCGCCAUCAACAAACCGUGCAGGUACUCAAAGCUAUGGAUGUGGACGCUAACGGAGUACCACCGCCUCGUGUAUGUGGAUGCCGACCUCCUUGUGCUCAGCAGCCUCGACGAGCUUUUUUGCCGUGAUGAGCUGACUGCUGCGCCGGACACCAUCCCUCCUGACCGCUUCAACAGUGGACUCAUGGUGGUGGCGCCUAGUGACGACACGUUUAGGGAUAUGCUUAGCAAGGUCGCCACCACAAAAUCACCCAACGUGGGCGACCAGGGCUUUCUGAACAACUACUUUUCUGACUGGUAUUCCCAAGGCCCCUCCCACCACCUGCCCUACGCCUUCAACCCACUCGUGCGCCUCAGCGGGUGGGAGGGGUGGGAUAAGUUUGUGCAGCCACAGCUGAGGGUGCUGCACUUCUCGGGGAGCACCAAGCCUUGGAACACCAUGGAGGACAAGCAGUUCCCCACCACUCGCAGCCUGGAUCACAUCUGGCUCGCUGCUCACAGCGACAUGCUGAAGGCCCUUGCACUGGCCAUGGCUACUUCUAAGGCAGCUGGGAAGAGUGGUGGCAGCAGCACUGGCGCAAGGGAGCUGUCUGGUGGGGAUGCAGCAGCAGGGGAAGGGGAUGGUGGAGUUGAGACCCUCGGGGCGAGCGGUGAAUAUGCCCCUCUUUCUUCCAUCUGCCAAGAGGAGGGGGCGACCACCAAUGGCAGUGUGCGCUACGAUGGGCUCACUGUGGUGCUCACAGCAACAGGCAGCACACGGCAGACCAUCCAAGCCAUACGCCACUACGCCUCAGCGCCUGUUGUUCGAGACAUUUUCGUCCUUCUGUCCAAUGACAGCCCGCUUGCCGCAAGCAGAGACAGCAGCACGUUUCCUCUGGUGCAAGGAGACAGGCCCGUCGUUCUUCUCCCUCUCCGCAACCCACCAGCAACUGCUCGCUUCAGACCCGUUCUCUCCCUGACCACUGCUGCAGUCCUGGUUAUUGAAGAUACCAUGCUAGUCCCCCAUACUCUCCUCGCCACAUCCCUCCUGCGAUGGCUGGAAGCCCCCAACCGCCUGCUCGGCUUCCUCCCGUCCGCCCACUUCCGCCUCUCCAAGGGCGUCCUCAAAGGGCGACUGGCCGUGCACGCUUCCCUGGGACCAGGAGGGGACUACUCAGUGGUUACUGGUGCGCUGCUGCUGCAUAGAAAUUACAUGCACUAUUUUAGCUGCACUAUGAGAGAAGAGGCGAGGAGGUAUUUGGAGGGGGGGAGCGAGGGAGACGGUGGGGGAGAGGGUGGGGGAGAGGGUGCAGGAGGGAGUGAGGGAGGGAGUGGGGGAGGGAGUGAAGGCGGUCUGUCCAAUCCGGCGGCGAGGGCGUGUGCUGAUGUGGCAAUGAACAUGUUGGUGACUCAUCUGUCUGACCUGUCACCGCUGACUGUAUACGAUGCAACACAGGAGGUCCAAGGCCCCUUCCCGUUGCCGCCUGCUCCUGCCAUGGGGAGGUGUCUCAACGACCUUGCCACCCACAUGGGUCUCAUGCCUCUUAAGAGCACAAUCGAUGCAGUCACAGUCAUGCACAAGGAUUCAUACAUAUACGAGCCAAAGUUUCGUGUGCCCCCGGCGCCCCUCCUCUUCUCCCCCAUACUCAACGCCUCCCUCCCAACCACCCUCCUCCACCUCAUCCCCCGCCGCUACCGCCGCUUCCUCCCUUCCUUGGGGGACAGUGACCCGCGUGUGCUAUCAGUUCCGGGAGAUGCUGCUCCCAAGCACGCCGUGUGCCUGCGGCCGCAGCUGUGCCACUUCUCCCAGUGGGCAUCGCUGCUGCUCCAGGCCACCCUUGGAAACACCGCUUGUCCCCCUGUGCUCCCUAUCUCCCUCUUCCCCUUCCGCCUCUCCCCCCUGCUCUCAAUUCCCAGCUGCCCCACGCCUCCCCAUGGGCAUCGCUUCUGCUCAAGGCCACCCUCGGAGACGCCGCCUUUCCCCCUUCCCUCCCAAUCGCCCUCUUCCCCCAUCCGCCCCUCCCCCAUGUUCCCCUUCUCCCAGCUGCCCCGCGUCUCCCCAUGGGCAUCGCUUCUGCUCAAGGCCACCCUCGGAGACGCCGCCUUUCCCCCCUUUGCUCCGCCCACCACCACCACCGCGACUGCCACUGCCACCAGCACUGCAGCCGAUGCCUCUUCUGCUGACACCAGUUCUUCCAUGGUGUGCUUUGAUCGCGUGGUGCUGCUGCGAGACCCUGUUCUGCCUGCUGCUGGCGAUGAUGCAGAGCGGGCUACAGCUGCUGCCAAACCAAAGGGGCAGCGGGGCGGCAGUGCUGAUGGUGGUGGGGGCAGCAGUGGCAACGGGGAUGGCCAGAUAGGAUCCGGCUGUGACUGCCGUGCUGCCAUCGUCCGCUCUGCCCUGCGCCAUACAUGCCGUUGUCUAUCCCCAUCCCCCCAGCUGCACUUCUUUGGCCUUUCUCGUGUGAACCUGCUUUUAAACUUACCCCCCUCCUUCACCCUGCUCCCUCUCCUUCCCACCCCCUCCUUCACUCCCCUCCCUCUCCUUCCCACCCCCUCCUUCAAUCCCCUCCCUCUCCUUCCCACCCCCCUCCUUCACUCCCCUCUCAGUCUCCAGCCACCCGUUCGCUCCUCUCUUGUCAUCCUCAUCGCGGGUUCAGACGCCGCAUGGAGACAACACAUGCCGCCCCCCUUGCACCCCGCCAACCUGACUGCCGCCCUGCACAAGGAGUGCACCCGUGCACGUCUGCCCUGUGAGGUGUUGCGAGCACAAGAGGACAAAGACCCAUGCACUGAUCAGGUUCCAGCGUGGACACAGGCUGAUCUUGUGCUGCUGCCAUGGGUCCCUGCUCCUCCCACCUACUCCACCUGUUCCGGCAUGGAUGCAAGCUGA